CCCAACACUGAUAAGGAUAGAGUAUAGGUAAAGGUUGGCACGGUCACUUUGAGCAAGGGUGGGUUAGAGGGUGUUUAUUGGAGAGCACGGUCCCUCGGCCCCCGGAGAACGAUGCCACAAUGAGCAGCUUCUUAGACUACUCGGUGAUGAACGGAGAACGUGGCUCAUGCUCCAUCAGGGCUUUCCACUCGGACCACGGGAUUACAGCUUUCCAGUCCUGUGGGGCUGCCGUCAGCAGCUGCGGGGAUGAGCAUUUCAUGGCAAACAGGACUUCUCCUGACAGCAUCCCCCAUCAGCCGGGGUCUUACCAGUCUACUGCAAACACUUUGGCUCUCUCCUAUGGUGCCCACCCGGCCUGCAGCUCCAGCUAUGGGCCACAAAGUUUUUGCGCCACGUACAACCACUUCACGCUGAACCAGGAAGUGGACUCUGGAGCUGCGUUUCCCCAGGGCGGUCCACUGAUAUUUUCGGGUAACUUAUCCUCCCCUAUGGUCUCUCAGCACCGCCACGGUUACAGUGCCACCCCGCUGGGCCAGCUGCAGUAUAGCCACGCUGCCUAUGGAGGCGGACAUGAGCAAGCACCACAUUACGCUGGGGGCUCAAACCCAAUGUCACCUCUGCAUGCAGUUCACCUGGAGGCUUGUUGCUCACCUCUGUCGGAUGGUGCCUCCUCUCCACAGACCUUCGACUGGAUGAAGGUCAAGAGGAAUCCACCGAAAACAGGGCGAUCCGGAGAAUACGGUUACGCUGGUCAACCGAACACGGUCCGGACCAACUUCACCACCAAGCAGCUUACAGAACUGGAAAAGGAGUUUCACUUCAACAAGUACCUGACCCGGGCGCGCCGUGUGGAGAUCGCAGCCGCGCUGCAGCUGAAUGAAACUCAGGUUAAAAUCUGGUUCCAGAACCGGAGGAUGAAGCAGAAAAAGCGAGAGAAAGAGGGACUACUGCCGGCCAAAGUUCCGACCGCAGAACCAGAGGAGAUCAUUCCAGAGAAAAUGGACGAUGCAGCAUCUGAGAAGUCGAACUCAUCAUCCCCGUCCACUCCCUCCCCCUCAUCCUCCACGGUGUCUUCCACGGGCACUGACACUUACACCUCCAACUGAGGACACACUCUUUACCUCUCUAGGCCAUGUGAGCCUUUAUACCAAAGUUAAAGUGUGUUUUGAAUGAUAUUCGCGCUGACAUUUACAAAAGUAUGGGACAUUUUCCAAUAUUAUGGAAAACUUAAAGGCUUUACAGUUGUGGUAUGUUCUCUAACGUGUCUGCACGAAGCACCAUUGUCCAGUAAUGAUUUAAGAUGUGUUUAUUUGCUCUGAAGAUGUGGCUUCCCAUUUGCAAAACUAAGUGGAGAGACUGCCACCCCCAAACCCUAUACCCCGACCUAGUGCUGCUCUACUUAGAUAUAAAGUUACACAUCUGCUCACACAAACAGAUACCUCAAGAAAUGUGCCAAAGUUGUGCGCCACCGGCCACGGGCGAUGCUGUUAAUGGCGCAUCACGCAAUCAACGAGAUGACCUCGUUUAUUUAUCGUUAGUGAAUGAAUAGUUACUGUAGCUGUUUAAUCGCUGUCACGUCUGUCUUUUACUUUGUCUGUGCGUACGUCUGUGUGUGUGUGUGCGUUGACUGUUUGAAUGUACUGUACGGGAUUUGCAUGGUGCGUAAAGCCUUCAUGUAUCUAUCACCAGUGGGGCGCUGAGUUUUAUCAGUUGCGGAGCCGGUCCUUCAGGGCUGUGAAAGGCUUUUAUCUGCUAUUUCAUUUAAUCAAGUGGGACAACUGCAAAGUGAUUUGUUCAGAGAGGCGUUUACGGGUCAAUCAAGUGUAUUAAAGUGCGUUUAAAUAUAAAUCUUUUCAUCAGUGUCGUUUUUUUUUUCUGAGGGGAAG